AUGGGAAGAGGAAGAGUAGAGUUGAAGAGGAUAGAGAACAAGAUCAACCGUCAAGUGACUUUCUCUAAGAGAAGAAAUGGUCUGCUCAAGAAAGCUUAUGAACUUUCUGUUCUUUGUGAUGCUGAAGUUGCUCUCAUCAUUUUUUCAAGUCGCGGCAAGCUCUACGAGUUCGGCAGCUCUGGGAUAACUAAAACCCUUGAGCGAUAUCAACGUUGCAGCUUGAGUCCUCAGGAGAAUGCUGCUGAAAGAGAAACACAGAGCUGGUACCAAGAGGUCUCAAAACUGAAGGCCAAGUACGAAUCACUACAACGCGCUCAAAGGCACCUACUUGGAGAAGAUCUUGGUCCAUUGAAUGUGAAAGAGUUGCAGAAUCUUGAAAAGCAGCUUGAGGGAGCUCUUCUCCAGGCUAGGCAAAGGAAGACUCAGCUAAUGAUUGAACAAAUGGAAGAGCUCCGAAGAAAGGAGCGGCAGCUUGGGGACUUGAAUAAGCAGCUUAAGAUUAAGGUUUCCCUGGAAAUGUCAUCGCUUGAAGCAGCUGAGGGACAAGGCUUAAUAAGAGGCCUCCCUUGGCUUUGGAGUUCGAGUGUACCAAGUGGAAGCAGCAUGUUUCCUAUGCACACUUCUCACCCCAGUGCCGCCAUGGAUUGCGAUCCUGAGCCUGUCCUACAGAUAGGGUAUCAUCAGUAUGCUCCGGCAGAAGGUCCUUCUGCCCCGAGGAGCAUGGCCAUUGAGAGUAACAUCAUCCAGGGGUGGGCUCUUUGA